CAUCAAGAAUUCAAAUCCCCUCAAGAAAACUGCCUCGAGUCAUCCAUUCUUCCUUUUUGCCUGCGAGAAGAAAUCGUUAGCUAAAGAGAUCUUAACCGCCGGCAGCAUGUCUGCGGCGUGCGGUGGCGGAGGGAUGGACGGCGACGAUGACAAGAAGAGGAGGCGAGCUAUGCCCCAAGAGAGUAGCGAUGCUUCUAAUUGUAAUACUGAUAGUGAUGAUCACGAAUCUGCUCCAACCGAUCAGAAACCGAAAUUAGGGCUUUCUGGGAAAACAAAAUCAUUUUCUAACACAAGAACCAAAGAGGUUGCGAAGAAGCGCAGAAUCGGAAUUGAAACCGAAGAAGCUAUAAAAAGACUAGAAGCAGCUGUAAGAAGAGUAUCAUCUGCAAGAAUAGGAACAGCAGAAGUUGCAAGAGUGGGUGAUUUAUUAGACCAGCAAGAGGGAGAUGUCGACGACGACAGCAAGGCUACUAAAGAAGAAGAAGAAGAAGCUCAGUCUGACCAUUCUAUGACCGGAGCAGGUUCAUCCGAUGAAAAUGGUGGACAAAAUUAUUGAUAAUAUGGUGAUUCUUACUAUCUGCACUUUGCUUCAUUCCUUGGUUGUUUCAAACUUUAUGAUCAAACUUUUCUCAGUAUGAUGGCAGGUUUUAGAUAUAUCUAAUCAUCAGUCUGAAUUUCAUUUUGAUUACUUUUCCAUAUUAAAUCUGUGGUAGUAAUAGUUUGUUUUGGUGGCAUUUAAUUCAGAUUGUUUGUAAAUUGUA